CAUUUCUUGCCAAAGCUCCCAGUUGAAGCGCCAACUCCAAAUCUCCCUCACUCUCUUUCGGUGGAUCUGGCCAUCAAUUAUAGGACAAAGCAUUGCAAUUCUGUAUGCGUUAACAAGGACAAAAGUUUCACAUUCAUCUAAUGGAGUUACGGAGCUACAGUCAUUUGCAUCAUAUCCAGGCUAUUAAAGGUAGUCUGGUAAUAAAAACCUUGAAUGUGAGUCGUGGGAGGCCUGCACUCAACUUUAAGGAAGUCAAAGAAAUAUAUGAAACAGCAGGUGCUGAACAUCAUGAUUCAAUCCGGCAAGAAGAUGAAUCUGAAUGUUCUCAAGUCAACCCUAACAUGGUCAACUCUGAAAGUCCUUGCCUACCUAGGGCAAAGAGAAGAACAAUCAGAGUUGAUACUUCUGAGUUUAAUCCCAGCAGUGGUGAUGAAGAAAGUGAAACUGACUUGGAUGAUCUUAGCCUUGUUAAUAUGACCCUGAAACAGUUUAAGGAGAGCUGCAAAGCAAGGAAGAGGAAAUGUCCGAAACAUGUUGAUUCGAGUGAAGAAGCUUUUGAGAAUUCUUUCCCUCCAAAACAAGAAUAUAUGAACUUUGAGCUUGAAAGUGAUGGCGAUGACCUUGAGGAGCUUCUCAGUAGCUGGAAAUCUAAAAUUACAAAAAACAAGAAGCGAAGGAGGAAGUGCAUUGGAAGUCAUGUAUCUACUUCAUCUCAAAGUGCCACAACUAAACCCGAGAAGGUGCUGACUGAUGAAAGUUUCUGGCAUCCUAGUGGCUAUAAACCUGCGUUUAUUGACAUUAAGAUUGAGCUUGAUGAGCCUGAUAACUUCAAUUGCCAAACCAUGAUUUGUGGUGCUGCUGAUUCUUCUCACAAUUGUAAUGAGCAAGUGGAUUCUUGUGGAGUGGUAAUCGAUGAAGCACAUGUGACAGCUAGUGAAUGUGUUCAGGAUACUGAUGUGUCAACAUCUUUAAGAAAUGAGCAGCCUUGUGUGGUAAAUGAAGAAUCCUAUGAGUAUAUUGAGUUUGCUAAUCCCAUGUCUGUUUCUGAUAUAAGGGUCUCUGGUUGGGAGAUCAUGAAUGUAGAUAUUCCACAAAUAAUCAGUUACCAGUGUCCAGGUUUUCCAGUAAGAGAAUUUGUGAAUGAAGGAUAUAUUAUCCGGCCAGCUCUUGACAAUGUCUCUCCAGAACCAAUCUCGAUGUUGAAUGAUCACAACUUUGAUAUAUAUCAUGACUCUCAAAGUCAUUCCUCAGUCCAUCAGCCGUCAUGGCCAAGUAGCAGUGAUAGCCAUGUUCAAAUGCUUGAUAUGGCAAUUGAUAGUAGACUUCAGUGUAUGGAAAUCAUUGAUGUUGAUGGUGCAUAUCUUUUUGAGGAGGGUAGAAGAGAUGAAUUGCCUUCUGAUGUUGAAGCAGGCACUAUUAGCCCUGCUAGUGACCCUAACUCAUCUUGGAGUUCCGAUUCAUGCAUGGAUCUUAGUAGUUGUUUGGUUUCUGUGGCUGAUGAUUCACCUUUGGGGGAGAGGAAGCAACUCUCUUUGUCUGCCUGUGAUGAUGCAGCAAGUAAUUGCUCUGGAGCACUACAUCCCUUUGAUGCUACUGAUGUGCUUACAACACCAUCAGGUUUAGGAGAUAAUCAUCAUCCAAAAGUGCAGUGUCCUCCUGAAAGGCUCCUUUCAAACAGAAAGGCUAUUUCUCCUACUUCUCAGGAAAGGCUAUGCAAGGCUAUGAAUUCCAUUGAUUUAGAGGAUGACAAACAUUCUGAAUGUAGAGGGAAAUUGUUGUUUGAGAAACAAGCUGACAAUAAUGUCAUUAGAGCUGAAGGAUGCAAUAAGACAACGAUUGCUGGAGUCACUAUCAACACGAAGCAAGUCCUUAGGAAGCCUAAAUAUGAUAAGAAAGUGUCCCAUCCCAAGGGCAUUCUCAAAGGUCCUCAUCUUUCUAAUGCUGUAUCAGGUUUUAGCACUGGGUGCACUUCCAGACAGAGGUUAUCACAGAGUGCCAUUGCAUUCUCACAACGGCAGAUGCAGGAUAUUGAAUCUCUUGCAACUAAAUUGACAUCAGAGUUGAGCUACAUGAAGGACAUUGUGAAGGAAAUGCUGUAUUCCGAAGCUUGUCCCGGUACAUCACUGAAACAUAAUAUGGACGAGCAGGUUGCAAUGGCCGUUAAGAGUGCUAAUAAAACAGAAGAAACUGCUAGAAAAUGGCUUUCUAUGAUGGCUAGGGACUGCACCCGGUUUUGUAAAAUCAUGAAACUGACUGAGGCAGGAAGUGGUGCUUCUGGAAAUGUAGUCAACAAGGAGAGGAAGAUUACUUUUGCUGAUGAGGCAGGUGGAAAGCUUUGCCAUGUCAAGGUUUUUAAGGAUGACAUGACUUCUCAGCUGGAGUGUACUGAUAUAGAGAAAUAGCUGUGUAAAUGGACUCGCUUCUUGUACAUAGCUCCUUUUACAGCUUAUACCCAGUUUGAUGCACUUACAUACAAGUUGGGAAGUUGCUGAAGUCACGGAGGCAUAACUUCUACAGUUUUACUUCACAUAUAAGUUCCCUCCUUGCCGCCAGGUCAUUAAGAUCACUGAUAACUUCUUCCCUGAGUUGCAGACUGCAGAGCGGAGCACAAAGUUCCCUACCCAGAACAAGCGUAUUCCCCUGAGAUAUUUAUUGCAAUUAUUUGUUUUCGAUGUUGGCAUUUCCCCAAUAACCUGAACUUGUUGGUUGGCUGAAAUUGAAAAACCUUUUAUGUAUUCUCAUUCUCAUAUUUUUUUAUUUAUU